AUGGCUACUAUUCCACAAAGGCUGAUUGAAAGGGCUAGAGGCAAUAAUGCUGAUACAGUAAGGCUGAUAACGGAACGGCUCACUCCCUGGAACUAUACGACCCGGCUUCUGGAUGCUAUCCUAAGUCACUUCAAGAUCGAAAAUCUCCCACCAAAGGACACUGCGCACUCCGAUUUGGCGAGCCUCUUCAACGUGAAGCCAAUGCAAAACAUUGUUGCUUGCCUCAGCGAGUGCCUUGAUAACUGCUAUCGUUACCAGACAAUCUUGGCUAUCACGGCUGCACAAAUCCACGACAAUCUCGACGGUAUCCUUUCCUGGACUGCGAUGUGGGUGAAGUAUGUGCUUGCCCCAGAGACCGGCUCGAACACGCUUGCCAAACAGGCCGCGUGCGAUGUGGCAUGUGAGCUCGUGAAGAUGCUGCUGAACCUCAGCGAGGAAGUGGACGAGGUCGUACUAGCGUCGCGCAAGGUGUUUGACAUCGUUCUGUGGUCCUGGUCGAGCACGUACACCUCGGUGGAAUCUGAUCUAGCCUCCUCCCUCGGCGACUCACGGCAAGGUGACACCCCGGGGAAUGCGUUGACAAUGGACCCAGAGAAUGGUAUCCGCAUCCACCUGAUACUCCUCGGAGGCCUAACGGCACGAUACAUGAAUCAAGCCAAGACACAGUUUGUAGACCGCCGUUUCGUCGACUAUCUCACCUCGAGCCCGCGCCGCCUACGGGCCUUUGCUACCGGUUUUUCCAUGCAACUGUCGAAGCUCCGCGAGUUGGUCUGCAACACGGAUGUAUGGACGCACCGGGACGAAAGUGUGUUGGAAAAGAUGACGUCCGUUCUGAUUCGUUACCUACGGGCUAUGAGCGCCUUGCAGAAUCGCAUGAUUCUGGUUCCAGCUGUUUAUAGGGCACUUCGCAAGGCGGGAUUUCUUCAGGAAUGGGUUUAUCUCUUGCGCGAUCUGGUAUCGACUGGAAUUGGGUGGAGGGAAGUUGAGGCACUCCAUUUAUUCCUGGUGAACACACUCCGGAUGGCGUACCAACCCUAUACGAACCCGUUUUCUGGAUUGGAAACCGUACUCGAAGCUGGGAUCCAUGAAGUCAUGGAGGAAAUCGUGGCGGAACCUGUAUCGAUGAAUACCCAUUUCAUCCGCUUUCAUUUCGUGGCAGUGUACCUCGAGUACGCCAAUCACCCGCGCGGACUGAAAGCACUGGUUCCUGCCAUGAAGUCCAUCGCGAAGAAUCAGUACGGCUCCGAACUAAUCGCAGAUUUCCUGAAGGACGAGGGCUUCGUCCUCCAGCAUUUCCGAGCGCGUGUUCAGCGUAUGACCAAGAUUGAAGCUGAGACUUCUCCCGAUGUCUUUGGCUUUUGCGAUAAUGAACUCCACGGAAGCUCGGCUGCAAUGGACGGGCCGCGGACAAAGAGGAACAGAAGACCGCAAUGCUCUGGAUGCGCUGCGGUGUUCUACUGCAGUGAAGCCUGUCAGAGAGAAGACUGGAAACGGCGACAUAGAUCCGUGUGCUCCUCCAUCCGCUCUUAUUAUAAUGGACACAAGCACGGUCAGAUUAUAUCCUCCUAUCGCUACCGAGUCCUCGUCAUUCAACUGGUUAUGUCAAAGUACGAGAUCGUUAUCGCCAAACGUCGCUCCAAAAACGCCAAAUUCCAUCAUAUAGACGACGACUCUGAGAAAAACGAGCUUUUCCCAGCUCUCGCUGACAACGAAGUUGUCCUCCACUUUCUUGGUGGAAUAUUGCAAGAGCGCCCCGGCGACCCUGUUAUGUUUAGGACGUUGGAUGAGUGUUUAGAAAGUGUCGAUUGGUGGGUCCCCUCCAAGUCCGAGGAGUGCUUGGCAGUAAGUCGAGCACGGUUGCGUGCGUUAUUCAAGUCGGUAGCGGAGAAAGUCGCCAGCGGGAGAGAUUCCAGAGUCGUAGUGGCCCUGUGGCGCUAUGCCCCUGGGUACAUUAUUCUCCUGACUAUAGAGGUGGAAAAGGACCCCCAGACAGGAAGAUAUGUUCACGUUCAACACGUCGCAGAGCUAUCUGAUAAGUUCAACGAUACUGGAUUAUGUCCGGAUGAAGACAAUCUAUUGUUGGUUGCAAAGGACUUCAGCAAGUGUCCUUUUACGACUGCUCGGAGAGGGGUGACUUCAGAACCCGUGUGA